UAAAGAUGGACGACAAACUCUAAGAAUUGUUCCAAAAAACGUUGAUGGAAAAUUCAAAUGUGAACAUCUAGAAGAUUGUAUAAGGAUAGGCAAGAGUGAUACAAUAGAAUGCUCAACCGCUGGGUUAAAAGAAUGACGCCAUUUCAAUAAAAGAUGUUUAGAAGAAGUUGGAGGCCAUUGAAAAGAAUUUAAUGAUCUAGGAUUCAGCCAGGAAAAGAAGGACUUCUCGUUUUCAUUCGAAAAGAAGUAGCAUUAAAAUCAAUACUUAAAAUGGAUCAAAUUCUCCUUCUCCAUAUUAAUUGGAUAUUGAAGAUGCAAAGGAUUAUGAGGCUGAUAUUUUAAGAAAAGAGAAUCAGCGAUUAAAAGUAUGUCUAAGGUAUUCUAAAUAGGAACGUUUAGAGUAGCUGAGAUCAUAGAGUGGCGAUGAUAACUCAGAUGAUUUGAAUAGAGAAAGGGAGAAUCUCUAGAAAAUGAAAUUGGAAUAUCAAAGUAAGGAUGAGGAAUUCAAAAUUCUGCAUAAUAAAUUAGAUCUCUUAGAAAUUGAUUUAAAUAAAAAACAUUCACAAUUAUUAUUACAAUCUAAAAAAUUGGAAGUUUAAUAAUAGACUCUGCAAAAGAAUGUAUAAUAUAGUAGAUUAAUAAUAAAUAGGAAGAAUAAAUUAAAGAAAAGAGAGAUUGCAUUGAUGCAUUACAAUAACAAAUCAAUUUAAAUAUAUCAUAAGUGAUUUCUCUCAAUAAGUUUUAUAUAUAUUUGAUAUUUGUAGAAGCGAAUUAAAACAAAAAUUACCUUAAAAACUUGGAGUCUAAUUAGAUGUUGUUGAAUAGCUUAUAUUAUCCACUUUUAAGGAAAGAUAAGUAGCAUAAUAAGAAUACCUAUGUUUGAGAUAACUGAAGAAUGUGAUUAAAGACCAAUAAAAAGAAUAUUUAAAGAAGAUCUAAAUCUGAAUAACU